AUGGUUACCGGAUUCUGCCAUCACACCACCACCUUGUUGUGUGGUUGUGUUUGUCCCUAUUCCAACACCAUAUGGGUUGUAUAUGUUGAUACAUAUGAUGACACGACAAAGGAAAUUGAACAAAUAAAGAACUACAAACCUCUAGAAGAUGGAAGUGAUGUUGUAGAUCCUUAUAUGAUUGUGAUGAACAAAGACCAUGAUGGAUACCGUCGACCUUAUGGUAGAGACAUUACUAAUAGAUUGAUAAAAAGGUGGGUGGUGGUGAUGCAUCGUACAUGA